GUACAUCACUAUAACCGAUCAACAAAUUUUUUGACGUGUGUGGUGUAUUCGUGGUCGCGAUGUCUGCGUUAAAUAAUUUAUUAGUGUUAUCGACAAUAUCCUGCAUAUUAGUGUUUGUAAACACACAAUCAGUGCAUAGACGAUUUGAAUACAAAUAUUCUUUCAAGCCUCCUUAUUUAGCACAAAAAGAUGGAUCAGUUCCUUUCUGGGAGUAUGGUGGCAAUGCGAUCGCGUCGGGUGAGAGCGUGCGGCUGGCUCCUUCUAUGCGCAGCCAGAAGGGCGCCAUCUGGUCCAAGCACCCGCUGUCGUUCGACUGGUGGGAGGUGGACGUGAUGUUCAAGGUCACCGGGAGGGGCAGGAUAGGAGCCGACGGUCUAGCAUUCUGGUACACGACGCAACGCGGCGACUACACGGGCGAAGUCUUCGGCUCCUCGGACCGCUGGAACGGGCUGGCGCUCAUCUUUGAUUCCUUCGACAACGACAACAAGCAUAACAACCCAUACAUCAUGGCCGUGCUCAACGAUGGGACUAAGGUGUUUGACCACAAGAGCGACGGAUCCACUCAGCUGCUGUCGGGCUGCCUGCGAGACUUCAGAAACAAGCCGUUCCCGACGCGCGCUCGCAUCGAGUACUAUCUCAACACGCUCACUGUAUACUUCCACAACGGCAUGACCAACAACGAAGCGGACUACGAGCUGUGUUUCCGCGCCGAGAAUGUGGUGCUCCCUCGCGGCGGCUACUUCGGGCUGUCGGCCGCCACUGGUGGACUAGCUGAUGACCAUGACGUCAUACACCUGCUUACUACGUCACUGCACACCACGCAGCAGCAGGGCGGGCAGCAGAUCAGCGCGGACGAGCAGCAGAAGCUGGACCGCGAGUACCAGGAGUACCAACAGAAGCUCGAGCAGCAGAAGGACCAGUACCGCAAGGACCACCCCGACGAGAUGAAGGACAAGGAGAGUGAAUUCGACGACUGGUUCGAGUCGGACGGCCAGCGCGAGUUCAGACAAAUCUGGCAGGGGGUCAUGGCCUUACAGGACGCACUCCGUGACGUCAACAAGAAGGUCGACGAGGUGAUCGGCAAGCAGACCAACUCGCUGUCUCUCCUAAGCGCAGUAUACAGCCACACACAGGGACAGCCCAUACAGCCUGCCGCGCCUGGACAGCCGCCCGCGCAGAUGCCGUCGCUGCCGAUCGGGCGGCACGACUGGGACGGGCUGGUGGCCAACAACCAGAUCAUGAUCAACACCAUCGCCGAGCUCAAAGGGUUCAUAAUCGAAGUGGCGCGUAAAUCAGACGCUCUGAUAGCGGCCAGCGGCGGCGCGCCGGCUACGGCAGGGGCCAUCAACCCGCAGUUCCUGAGCGAGAUGAGGGACUCCAUGCACCAGCUCAAACAGUCGGUCGCUGGCGUGGCGCAGAGGAUGUCCAACGCGCCUCAAGUGGUGCAGCAGCCAAUGUCGUCGUGCCAGGACGUGUCGUGCGUGAGCCUGACGGGGCUUCUGGUGGUGGUGGCGGCGCAGCUCACGCUAAUGUUCUUCUACGCCGUCUACAAAGAAAGAAAAGAAGCGCAAGCGAAGAAAUUCUUCUGAAGGGAGUGACUGUGUAAAUGAAGCGUCUAUUACUAUACUGCUUGCCCUCUAUGUCACAAAUAUUACAUUAAAUAAUGUUACUCUUAUCUUGAGAUUGCAAUUUUUACCAAUUUUGUUUACCGAAUUGAAUGCAACUUUUUUAUGUUACUGUUAUUGAAAAUUUUGUCUUCCUGCAUUUAUUAUUGCAUUUUUUAUCGGUAAACAAAAUCAAUUAUUUUAUUUUUUAAUAAGAACUGUCAUUCCUCAGAGUAUUAUUGUUAUUUUUUAUCUGAAUUUUAUACUGUACUUCUUUUGAUUUUAAAUCUAGUUAAUUGUUGUGUUAUUUCAUUAUUUAACGUGGCAAGUAGUAUGUAAAUAGUAGAUUAGUAUUUCAAAUUUUUUACCAUCUGAGUGUGUUUGAGACGUAAGAAAAAUAAUAUAAUUCUGUACAUAAAAUAUUUAUUUUUUUAUUUUCUCUGUCUUUUUUUUAUAUCUUUGUGGCGCUCUCAAUUCUGACUUAUAGGAAAUAAUUUGUGAGUAAAUUACAAAAUGGUUGUAACUAAAAUUUUAGUUUUUUUUAUAAAAAAAUCUUUGGCGUUCAAUAUUUUUUUGGUUUUGUUCGACAGAAAUGUUUUUCUUAGUGCUCAACUAUGGGACUACAAGGAUGAGCUUAUUGUCAUCCUAAUUAGAAAAUCAUAUUCAACGGUAAUAUUUAACACAUUUUUUUACAAAUUAACCGAGAGUAUUAAACACAAUUUAUUUACGAAUAACUGCAAAUCGAACCUGAAUAAUAAAAAAUGUGCUAAAUGUUACCAAUAUCAAAAUUCGGUCUCUAUUUUCCAUAUCGAAUUUGUAAAAUAUUAUUCAUAAGAGAUACAUUGUUUAUUGUUCAACAAUAAAAAUGUGCCAAUU